CUUUGCCUCCUGCACCAGAGGGAGGACGGCGAGAUGAGACCCCUCGCCAUCCAGCUGUCGCAGCAGCCCGGGCCCGAGGCCCCCAUUUUCCUGCCCGGGGACCCCCCCUGGGUGUGGGCCCUGGCCAAGGCCUGGGUGAGAAGCGCCGAGUUCCACGUGCACGAGGGGCUCACCCACCUCCUCAGGGGGCACCUCCUGCCUGAGGUGUUCGCCCUGGCCACGCUCAGGCAGCUGCCCCCGCAGCACCCCCUCUUCAAGGUAG